CCAGCGCCUUAUUAAAGUGGCGGGAACUGGAGGCGAGUGUCUCUCUCUGCGCUUCCUCUUCCUUCAGGCGCGCCUGUUUCUCCUCCAGCGCAACGAGGCUGCUGCGCUCUGGGAAUCCGUCCACCUGGGAGCCAGGAAGGCGCUCAGCCAGAGAGAAGCGGCGGCAGCAGCAGCCGCGGCAACCCGUCGGAGCCCUUCGCUAUCUUUCUGCGAGGCAGCCUUUGUUAUCCGCACGGGCGUUAGCCUGGCCUGCUAUCCCGCGGAGACAACGCGCGUCGGAGGUCUCCACCAGAUUGCUUCCUUUCUCAAGCCGUCCUGCCAUCAAGAAAAGAAGAUGAAGAGCUCACUCAUGCUGAUAGUGCUGCUGUCCUUACUAGUGGCAAAGUUAUGUCAUGCUUACUGUGUUGAGUCUCAGGAGCAACAGAUGUCCAGCAGAAUCCAGACAAAGAAGAGUUCAGACCCUUAUAAGCUGUCCCCAGCCCUGCUUCGGAGGCUGUAUGAUGGCCAAGGGAUUUCCUAUGAAGCACUGCUCAGGCUGUCAGGCAAGGAGGAAGUCGGUCCGCAGGCACUUGCCUCUUCCCAGAAACGAGACAUGCAUGACUUCUUCGUUGGGCUCAUGGGCAAAAGGACCACAGAAACUGACAAACCCUCAGAUGUGAAUAAAGGAGCACUCACAGAUUUUGGUGACCCGAAGUACUCAUCAAAUACAGAAUGAGGUAUCCGUGCAAAAGUGAGGACAAGCACAAUGUCUGCAGCACCUCAAGAAACCAACACAAAGCUGCUUUCAUCCACCAAAGCCCAGCACACUCUCAACCAAACCAGAACCCUUGGCUGUACCAUGGAGACCUCUUCUUGCCCUCUGCCUCCUCUUACCAUGUUCUUUUCCUUAAUUCUGUCCUUUAUUCCAGCCUGUCCCUCACUGUAACUCUCUAGUGUUCAGUGUUUGGAAAUUUUGAAAAGUAACCCCCAUGGGCUUUACUCUGUGUACAUCACUGAUCUGCUGAUGAUUAUCUCAUGCCGCAAACCAAACCACCGUCUCCACCCACCCUUUUGUGGCACAGAUUAAGAACACCUCAAAAUCUUCAAUAAUAACAGGGUUUAUACUUAUGACCUGC